CAGUGCACGGGGUCGUUUUGGAAGACCUGAAAGGCCCAAAAUCAAUAAAUCCUAUAAAUACGAACACCACCGCUAUUAAUCUUUCUUCAGCGCACAGCUUUUAACUCGGUCUGAACCAGAAGACUCUAGACGAUCACCGCCGCCGCUUCCGAUUUCGUUCUCCGUUUAAGAUGGCGGCGACGGAGACCAAGGCAGUGACUGAGGUCGCGAAGAUGGACCUGUUUGAGGACGACGAUGAGUUCGAGGAGUUUGAAAUCAAUGAGGAAUGGGAGGACAAAGAGGAAGGCAAGGAAGUGACACAACAGUGGGAGGAUGAUUGGGAUGAUGACGAUGUUAAUGAUGACUUCUCUCUACAGCUGAGGCGGGAAUUGGAGAACAACACCGAGAAGAAAGAUUAGUCUGCAGGCCAAUAAAGUGCUCUUCUGUUUCUGUUUUUUUUGCACUAUAUGAGAUGGUUUUGCUUGCUUUUCUCAAACCACCAGAAGCCUGUUAGAUACAUAUCAUGUUGACAUUUCUAAUGAAGUUCUGUAUUAAAGAUUACGUAGUUUGAUUUCUCAAGUUUGUUUGACUA